AUGACAACACCUGGACAUUCUACAGUGACAACUACAGAGAUGACAACACCGGGACAUUCUACAGUGACAACUACAGAAAUGACAACGCCUGGACAUUCUACAGUGACAACUACAGAGAUGACAACACCUGGACAUUUUACAGUGACAAGUACAGAGAUGACAACACCUGGACAUUCUACAGUGACAACUACAGAGAUGACAACACCUGGACAUUCUACAGCGACAACUACAGAGAUGACAACACCUGGACAUUCUACAGUGACAAGUACAGAGAUGACAACACCUGGACAUUCUACAGUGACAACUACAGAGAUGACAACACCUGGACAUUCUACAGCGACAACUACAGAGAUGACAACACCUGGACAUUCUACAGCGACAAGUACAGAGAUGACAACACCUGGACAUUCUACAGUGACAACUACAGAGAUGACAACACCUGGACAUUCUACAGUGACAACUACAGAGAUGACAACACCUGGACAUUCUACAGUGACAACUACAGAGAUGACAACACCUGGACAUUCUACAGUGACAACUACAGAGAUGACAACACCUGGACAUUCUACAGUGUCAACUACAGAGAUGACAACACCUGGACAUUCUACAGUGACAACUACAGAGAUGACAACACCGGGACAAUCUACAGUGACAACUACAGAGAUGACAACACCGGGACAUUUUACUGUGAAAACUACAGAGAUGACGACACCGGGAAAAUCUACAGUGACAAAUACAGAGAUGACAACACCUGGACAUUUUACUGUGAAAACUACAGAGAUGACGACACCGGGACAAUCUACAGUGACAACUACAGGACAAUCAACCCUUGGUCAAUCAGAGGUGACAACUACCGAAAUGACAACACCAGGACAUUCUACUGUGAUAAGUAGAGAUAUGACAACACCUGGACAUUCUACUGUGAUAAGUAGAGAUAUGACAACACCUGGACAUUCUACUGUGAUAACGAAAGAUAUGACAAACAAUAGACAAUCAGUGACAACUGCAGAACUUAUAGCACUUGGUCAAUCAAAAGUCACAACUACCGACAUGACAACACCUGGAAACUCAUUUAGACUAAGUAACUAUAGUCUCCGAAUUGAGGGUGGUCGUUAUGAAAGAAUUAUUGAUAGUCGAGGAAAAUUGGUUGUUUUACCUCGUCACGAUACAAUAUUUGUGCCAACAUCACCUACAGGAAUCAUGACGUCCGAGACAACAUCAAUCUUUUUAACUACAAGAUUGACAACGCCUUCAACGUCUACAAUGACAACUACAGAGCAGAUAACGCCUUCAACGUCUACAAUGACAACUACAGAGCAGACAAUGCCUUCAUCGUCUACAAUGACAACUACAGAACACACAACGCCUGCAUCGUCUACUAUGACAAUUACAGAGCAGUCAACGCCUCCAACGUCUACAAUGACAACUAGAGAGCAUACAAAGCCUUCAAUGUCGACAAUGACAACUACGGAACACACAACGCCUGCAUCGUCUACAAUGACAACUACAGAGCAGACAACGACUUCAACGUCUACAAUGACAACUACAGAGCUGACAACACCUGCAUCUUCUACAGUGACAACUACAGAGCAUACUAUGCCUUCAACGUCUAUAAUGACAACUACUAAACAGACAACGCCUUCAACGUCUAUGACAACCACAGAGCAGACAACGCCUUCAACGUCUUUAAAGUUGACAAAACCUGCAUUUUCAACAAUGACAUCUACAGAGCUGACAGCACCUGCAUCGUCUACAAUGACAACUACAGAGCGGACAAAGCCUUCAACGCCUACAAUGACAACUACAGAGCAGACAACGCCUUCAAUGUCUACAAUGACAACUACAGGACAGACAACGCCUUCAACGUCUACAAUGACAACUACAGGGCAGACCAUGCCUUCGACGUCUACAAGGAAAACUACAGAACACACAAAGCCUCAAACAUCUACAAUGCCAACUACAGAGCUGACAACGACUUCAACGUCUACAAUGACAACUUCAGAGCUGACAACACCUGCAUCUUCUACAGUGACAACUACAGAGCAGACUACGCCUUCAACGUCUACAAUGACAACUACAAGACAGACAACGCCUUCAACGACUUCAAUAACAAAUACAAAUCAGACACCGCCUUCAACGUCAACAAUGACAACUACAGAGCAGACAACGCCUUUAACGUCUUUAAUGACAUCUACAAAGUUGACAAGACCUGCAUUUUCAACAAUGACAUAUACAGAGCUGACAGCACCUGCACCGUCUACAAUGACAACUACAAAGCUGACAGAACCUUUAACGUCUACAAUGACAACUACAGAGCAGACAACACUUUCAACGACUACAAAGGCAACUACAGAACACACAAAGCUUGCAUCGUCUACUAUGACAAUUACAGAGCAGUCAACGCCUCCAACGUCUACAAUGACAACUAGAGAGCAUACAACGCCUUCAAUGUCGACAAUGACAACUACGGAAAACACAACUACAGAGCACACAACGCCUUCGUUGUCUACAAUGACAACUACAGAGCAGACAACACUUUCAACGACUACAAUGACAACUACAGAGCUGACAAAACCUUUCACGUCUACAAUAACAACUACAGAGCACACAACGCCUUCAAUAACUACAAUGACAUCUACAAAGCUGACAAAACCUUUAACGUCUACAAUGACAACUACAGAGCACACAACGCCUGAAUCGUCUUCAAUGACAACUACAGUGCAGUCAAUGCCUGCAUCGCCUACAAUGACAACUACAGAGCAGACAACCCUUUCGUCGUCUAAAAUAACAAUUACAGAGCUGACAACACCUGCAUCAUCUAAAAUAAAAAUUACAGAGCAGACAACGCCUUCAGCGUCUACAAUGACACCUACAGGACAGAAAACGCCUUCAACGGCUACAAUGACAACAACAGAGAAGACAACGCCUUCAACAUCUACAAUGACAACUACAAAGCUGACAACACCUGCAUCUUCUAUAGUGACAACUACAGGGCAGACUACGCCUUCAACGUCAACAAUGACAACUACAAGACAGACAACGCCUUCAACGUCUCCAAUGACAACUACAGUGCAGUCAAUGCCUGCAUCGCCUACAAUGACAACUACAGAGCAGACAACCCUUUCGUCGUCUAAAAUAACAAUUACAGAGCUGACAACACCUGCAUCAUCUAAAAUAAAAAUUACAGAGCAGACAACGCCUUCAGCGUCUACAAUGACACCUACAGGACAGAAAACGCCUUCAACGGCUACAAUGACAACAACAGAGAAGACAACGCCUUCAACAUCUACAAUGACAACUACAAAGCUGACAACACCUGCAUCUUCUAUAGUGACAACUACAGGGCAGACUACGCCUUCAACGUCAACAAUGACAACUACAAGACAGACAACGCCUUCAACGUCUCCAAUGACAACUACAGUGCAGUCAAUGCCUGCAUCGCCUACAAUGACAACUACAGAGCAGACAACCCUUUCGUCGUCUAAAAUAACAAUUACAGAGCUGACAACACCUGCAUCAUCUAAAAUAAAAAUUACAGAGCAGACAACGCCUUCAGCGUCUACAAUGACACCUACAGGACAGAAAACGCCUUCAACGGCUACAAUGACAACAACAGAGAAGACAACGCCUUCAACAUCUACAAUGACAACUACAAAGCUGACAACACCUGCAUCUUCUAUAGUGACAACUACAGGGCAGACUACGCCUUCAACGUCAACAAUGACAACUACAAGACAGACAACGCCUUCAACGUCUCCAAUGACAACUACAGAGCAGACAACGCCCUCAUCGUCUUUAAUGACAACUACAAAGCUGACAACACCUACAUCAUCUACCAUGACAUUUACAGAGAGGACAACGCCUUCAACAUCUACAAUGACAACUACAAAGCUGACAACACCUGCAACAUCUACCAUGACUACUACAGAGCAGACAAAGCCUUCAGCGUUAACAAUGAUAACGACAGAGCAGACAACGACGCCUUCAGCGUCUACAAAGACAAUCACACAGCAAACAACGCUUUCAACGUCUACAAUAAUAACUACAGAGCACACAACGUCUGCAUUGUCUACAAUGAAAAUUACAGAGCAGUCAACACCUGCAUCGUCUACAAUGAUAAUUACAGAGCAGACAACGUCUUCAACGUCUACAAUGUCAAAAAUGACAACUACAAAGCAGCCAACGCCUUCGACGUCAACAAUGACAACAACAGAGCACAAAACGCCUAUAUCGUCUACAAUAACAACUACAGAGCAGUCAAUACCCUCAUCGUCUACAAUGACAACAUCAGAGCAGGCAAAGCCUUCUACGUAUAGAAUGACAACAACAAAAAUGAGAACUCCUGCGGCAUCUACAACGACAUUUACAGAGCAGACAACACCUUCAAUGUCUACAAUGACGACUACAGGACAGACAACGCCUUCAACAUCUACAAUGAAAAUUAUAGAGCAAACAACGCCUUCAACGUCAACGAUGACAACUGCAAAGCUGACAACACCUGCAUCAUCUACCAUGACUACUACAGAGCAGACUACGCCUUCAGCGUUAACAAUGAUAACGACAGAGCAGACAACGACGUCUUCAACAUCUACAAAGAAAACUACGAAGCAAUCAACGUAUUCAACGUCUACAAUAACAACUACAGAGCAGUCAACGCCUGCAUCGUCUACAAUGUCUACAAUAACAACUACAGAGCAGACAACGCCUUCAACGUCUACAAUAACAACUACAGAGCAGACAACGCCUUCAACGUCUACAAUAACAACUACAGAGCAGACAACGCCUUCAACGUCUACAAUAAUAAUUACAGAGCAGACAACGCCUUUAACGUCUACAAUGUCUACAAUGACAACUACAGAGCAGACAACGCCUUCAACGUCAGCAAUGACUACUAGAGAGCACAAAACGCCUACAUCAUCUACAAUAACCACUACAGAGCAGUCAAUGCCCUCAUCGUCUACAAUGACAACAACAGAGCAGACAACGCCUUCAACAUAUAUAAUGACAACAACAAAUCUGAGAACACCUGCAGCAACUUCAGCGACAUUUACAGAGAAGACAGUGCCUUCAACGUCUCCAAUGACAACUUCAGAGCAGACAACGCUUCCAACAUCGACAAUGACGACUACAGAGCAGACAACGCCUCUAACAUCAACAAUGACAAUUACAGAGCUGACAACACCUCCAUUACCUACAAUAAAAACUACAGAGCAGACAACGCCUGCAAUGUCAACAAUGAAAACUAAAGAGCACAAAACGCUUGCAUCAUCUACAAUGACAACUACAGAGCAGUCAACGCCGUCAUCGUCCACAAUGACAACAACAGAGCAGACAACGCCUUCAACGUCAUCAAAGACAACUACAAAGCCGAAAACGCCUCUAACGUCUACAAUAACAACUACAGAGCAGACAACGCCUCCAACAACUACAACAACAACUACAGAGCAGACAUCACUUUCAACGUCAACAAUGACAACUAGAGAGCUUACAACACCUACAUUGUCUACAAUGACAACUACAGAGCAGUCAAUGCCCUCAUCGUCCACAAUGACAACAACAGAGCAUACAACGCCUUCAACGUCAACAAAGACAACUACAGAGCAGACAACACCUCCAACGUCUAGAACAACGACUACAGAGCAGACAACGCCUUCAACAUCAACAAUGACAACUAGAGAGCUAAAAACGCCUACAUCGUCUACAAUGACAAUUACAGAGCAGUCAAUGCCUUCAUCGUCUACAAUGACAACAACAGAGCAAACAACGCAUUCAAGGUCAACAGUGACAACUAAAGAACAGAAAACGCCUCCAACGUCUACAAUAACAACUACAGAGCAGACAACGCCUCCAACAUCUACAAAAACAACUACAGAGCAGAUAACGUCUCCAACGUCAACAAUUACAAUUACAAAACUGACAACACCUGCAUCACCUACAAUGAAAACUACAGAGCAGACAACGCCUUCAACGUCUACAAUGACAACUACAGGACAGACAACGCCUUUAACAUCGACAAUGACAACUACAGAGCAGACAACGCCUUCAACGUCAACAGUGACAACUACAGAACAGAUAACGCCUCCAACGUCAACAAUAACAACUACAGAGCAGAAAACGCCUCCAACAUCUACAAUUACAACUACAGAGCAGAUAACGUCUCCAACGUCAACAAUGACUAUUACAGAGCUGACAACACCUGCAUCACCUACAAUAAAAACUACAGAGCAGGCAACGCUUUUAUUGUCUACAAUGACAACUACAGGACAAACAACAUCUUCAACGUCUACAAUGACAAUUAUAGAGGAGACAACUCCUUCAACGUCUACAAUGACAACUAAAGAGCAGACAACGCCUCCAACGUCAACAAUGACGACUACAGAGCACACAACGCCUGCAUCGUCUACAAUGACAACUGCAGAGCAGUCAACGUCUUCAUCGUCUACAAUGACAACUACAGGGCAGACAACUCCUUCAACGUCUACAAUGACAACUUUAGAGCAGAUUACGCCUUCAACGUCCACAAUGACAACUACAAAGCUGACAAAACCUGCAUCAUCUAACAUAAACACUUCUGGUCAGACACCGCCUUCAACGUCUAAAAUGACAACUACAGGACAGAGAACGCCGUCAACGUCUACAAUGACAACUAAAGAGCAGAGAACGCUUUUAACAUCUACAUUUACAACUACAGAGCAUACAACGCCUCUAACGUCUACAAUGACAAAUAAAAAGCUGAGAACACCUGCAUCAUCUACAACGAUAUUUAUAGAGCAAACAACGCCUUCAACGUCUACAAUGACAACAACAGAGCACACAACGUCUUUAUCGUCUACAAUGACAAUUACAGAGCAAUCAACGCCUGCAUCAUCUACAAUGACAACUGCAGAACAGACAACGCCUUCGUCGUCUACAAUGACAACUACAGAGCAGACAAUGCCUCCAACGUCUGCAAUGACAACUAUAGAGCAGACAACGCCUCCAAUGUCUACAAUGACAAACACAGAGCAGACAAUGCCUCCAACGUCUACAAUGACAACAACAGAGCAGACAACGCCUUCAACGUCUACAAUGACAAUCACAGAGGAGCAGACAACGCCUUUAACGUAUGCAAUGAUAAUUACAGGACAGGCAACGCUUUCAACGUCUACAAUGACAACUCCUGAGCAGACAACGCCUUCAACGUCAAUAAUGACAGCUACAGCGCGGACAACGCCUACAAUGACAACUACAGAGGUGACAAUUCCUUUAACGUCUACAAUAACAGCUACUGAGCAGACUACGCCUUCAACAUAUACAAUGACAACUACAAAAAUAACAACGCUUCCAAUAUCCACAAUGACAACUACAGACAUGAAAACGCCUUCAACAUCUGCAAAGACAACAAUUGCAUACAACAGGAUAGUAAAUACAAUUUCGGAAAAACCCGUGGUCACUUCUAUCUAUCCAUUCAGUCCAGAUAAAUGCCUUUGUCCGUGUUCAAAAGUAGGCAAAGGCAAGUGGGAUUUCUUACGUGGAAUGAAUCUAACUCUUGAUCAAUUAAGAGAAUUACUAAAGCCAGAUUUAGAUCUUAUGGAAAAAAGAACUAAGUAUCAACAAAUCCAAUACAACCCGGAUGCGUCGUACCAAGAUAUCAGCUCCAGAUGAUCGUGUAUCGGCGACAUCCGUAGGAUAUGUUGGAGUCGUCUUCAUUUGUCUUAUUACAGGUAUAAUUGUUACCAUUGACAUUCUCGGCUGCAAU